AUGGCGUUUAGCCCUCGCGUGCGAACCUGGGCUAUGUGCCUGGCCGUGCUCGCUGCCUGUGUAUAUGCAGCUCCACAGAGCGUCACGGCCGCCGAUGCUGCUGAAAGCUUGAGCUUGGAGCAGCUCGGCGAGGAACUGCAGGCUUGCCCCGUUGUGCAGCACCUCAACGCCGCCAAGGCGGCGCACCACGAUGCGCAGCCCUCGUCGCUGACGACGCGCCUCUUUGCCGUGCUCUUCCCCGGCUCGCCCGCCGUCAACGCGCUGCUCGCGACGCUCUACAUCUCGGGCCCGCCCAACUUUUUGCUGGCCCUGUGCCCGACCGACAUUGACCCGGGCUCGCUGUCCAUCAUGGUGGCCUUUGCCGUAGGCGGCCUGCUCGGCGACACGCUCUUCCACCUGCUGCCCGAGAUUUUUGUCGGCGAGGACGACCCGACGCGCGCCACGUUUGUGCUCGUCGAGCCCAACCGUAAUCUGGUGCUGGGUCUGGCCAUCAUGGUGGGCUUUUUGGUGUUUGUGGCGCUGGACAAGGGACUGCGCAUCGCGACGGGCGGCGCGGGGGAGCAUGGGCAUUCGCAUAGCCAUGCACACGCGCACGAGGAGAGCGUGACGGCGGCAGCGACUGGUAUUGAUGCGGAUGCGGCUGCUGGAAGCGUCAAGUCGCGCAAGGGAAAAAAGGCCGGCAAGGAAGUGGUGGCUGUUGUCGAAGACAAAAAGGAGAUUAAUCCGAGCGUCAAGCUCGGCGGCUACCUCAACCUCAUCGCCGACUUUACCCACAACAUCACGGAUGGCCUGGCCAUGUCGGCCAGCUUCUACGCCUCCCCGACCAUUGGCGCCACCACCACUGUCGCCGUCUUCUUCCACGAGAUUCCCCAUGAGGUUGGCGACUUUGCCCUGCUCGUCCAGUCUGGCUUCUCCAAGCGCGCCGCCAUGGGAUCGCAGUUUAUCACCGCCAUCGGCGCCUUUCUCGGCACCCUCAUCGGCAUCGCGGUGCAAGAGUUUGGCGGGCCCGGCGCCGAAGAGGCGGUGGGCAUGCCUCGAAAUGCCGGUCUCUGGGGUACCAGUCUGACCUGGGGCGAUAUGCUGCUUCCCUUCACGGCAGGCACUUUUCUCUACGUUGGCACAGUGGCAGUCAUUCCGGAGCUGCUUGAGACGGGGCCCAACAAGAUGCAGGAGCUGCGUAAGACGCUCACGCAAUUUGCGGCUGUAGCCCUGGGCGCUGGCAUCAUGCUUUACAUCUCAUGGCAUGAUUAA